UUGCUGCAAAUUUCUUAAGAGUUGAGUCUUGACCUCAAACAACACGCUAUGACUCUCUGCUUCCACCUCAGGCUCAGCCUCUGCCUUUUAAGUUUUCUUGUUACUCUCUGUGUUUCGAAAACACACUGGUUCAGUUCUUCACCUGGCAUCUUCUCUCCCACGCAAUGCUUCACCCAUUCUUUUCUCUGUCAUUCCUGUCUCUCCUUUUUUCUACUACCAUAGCAGAUGACUCCAUCGCCAUGUCAAAGCUAGCCACUGCCCUCGACCUCAGCGUCCCCCAGAGCUGGGCCACCGAUAACAACGCUGAUUACUGCAAGUGGAAUGGGAUCGGAUGCGACGCCUCCAACCGCGUCGUAGAAAUCAUGCUUUCCAAUGAAAAUCUCUAUGGCACCCUCCCAUCUGAACUCUCUACCCUCUCGCACCUCCAAAUACUCUAUCUCCAGCAGAACCAUCUUUCCGGUCCUCUCCCUUCUCUCGCCAAUCUAAGCUUGCUCCAAGAACUACGUCUUGAAGAUAACAGCUUUAGUUUUAUCCCUCAAGGCUUCUUUCAAGGACUUACCAGCUUGACUGACUUUCGCAUAAGCCAGAAUACAAAUUUAGAUCCUUGGACUAUCCCUGUUCAUAUUGCUGAAUCUGGAAGUCUAAUAAUUUUCGAGGCAACUCAAGCUAACAUUGAGGGGACUAUACCUGACAUGUUUGCCUCGCUUCCAGGAUUGCAGAAUCUGGACCUAGCUUACAACAAUUUGACAGGAACUUUGCCUGCAUCAUUUGCAAAUUCAGCAAUCCAGAACUUGAGACUCAACUACCAGCAGAUGGGGUUGUCAGGUACCAUUGAUGUUCUAUCGUCGAUGACACAGUUAAAUCAGGUUUGGCUCAUGGGGAAUCAGUUUACUGGCUCAAUUCCAGAUUUCUCAAAAUGCGAGUUUUUGUUCGAUUUACAGCUAAGAGAAAACAAGUUUACAGGGAUUGUGCCAGCCUCCUUGAUAACACUUCCUCGUUUGCUAAAUGUUUCUUUAUCAAACAACAAACUGCAAGGUCCUGUCCCCGAGUUUCCAAGCAAUAUUUCGUUAGAUAUCGAUGCUAACAAUUUUUGUGUGGCGACUCCUGGUGUUCCUUGUAAUCCACAGGUGAAAACAAUGCUGGAAAUUGCAGGUGCUGUGGAAUAUCAGGAGAUACUGUCCGAUUCUUGGCGAGGAAAUGACCCUUGCAGUAAUUGGGCAUUCGUUACCUGCGAUGAACAGAAUAUUAGCACCAUCAACUUUGGAAAGCAACAUUUUUCAGGAACUAUAUCUCCAGCAUUUGUCAAUCUUACAGCUUUGACGAAUUUGUAUCUGAACGAUAAUAACUUGACAGGUUCCAUUCCUGAUAGCUUGACAAAAUUGACUCAACUCAAGGUUCUUGAUGUCUCCAAUAACAAUCUUUAUGGGAAAAUCCCAGCUUUUUCAUCUUCAGUGAAGUUGAUUGCAAGGCCAGGGAAUCCCUCCCUUGGGAUAGACACAGGUUCAGGUGGGAAUUCUACUGGAAAAGGAAGUAGAGGUAAUUGGGUAUUGCCAUCUGUAAUUUCUGGUGCUUUUAUUGCUGUUAUCUCCUUCAUUGCUUUUGGUUUGUUGGUGCUGUUCAAGUAUAAUGGGGUGUCAAGGAAAGUGAACCAUCAGGAGAACGUGACUGCACAAGCCAAGCAAAAGAAUUGUCAUGUUAUUGGGGGACAUGCUGAUUUUUCGAUGCAACUUAUUCGACAAGUGACCGAUAAUUUUAGUGAGAACAAUAUUUUGGGUAAGGGAGGUUUUGGUGUGGUUUAUAAAGGUGAAUUGCAGGAAGGAACUAAAAUUGCUGUGAAGAGGAUGAAAGCUACAACAAUGGCUAACACGAAAGGAAUGAAUGAGUUUCAAGCUGAGAUAGCAAUGCUUUCAAAAGUAAGGCACAGGCACUUGGUUUCUCUUUUGGGUUACUGUGUACAUGGCAUUGAGGGUUUCUUGGUCUAUGAGUACAUGCCUCGGGGGACUCUGGCACAACAUUUGUUUGAAUGGCGUGAACGCGGAUACCCUCCUCUUACCUGGAAGCAGAGGGUCAGCAUUGCACUGGAUGUGGCGCGAGGAGUGGAAUACCUGCACAGUUUAGCUCAACAGAGUCUGAGUUUCAUUCAUAGAGAUCUGAAGCCUUCAAAUAUACUUCUUGGGGAUGAUAUGAGGGCUAAGGUCUCUGACUUCGGUUUCGUUAAAAAUGCACCAGAUGGAAAGAAUUCUUUGGUGACAAGAGUGGCAGGAACAUUUGGCUAUCUUGCACCUGAAUAUGCUAAAACUGGAAAAGUGACAAGGAAGGUGGAUGUUUAUGCAUUUGGAGCAAUUUUGAUGGAGAUGAUUACAGGUAAAAAAGCAAUAGAUGAUACAAUGGAAGAGGAAGGGUGGAUGCAUAUGCAUUUGGUGACAUGGUUCCGCGAGGUCCUGAUAAACAAGGAGAACAUCUCAAAUGCAAUUGACCAAGCCAUCAAUCCAGACGAGGAGACCUUAGGGAGCAUUUGCGUAGUGGCUGAAUUAGCAGGGCAUUGCACCACCCCUAACCGCGACCAAAGACCAGACAUGGGCCAUGCAGUCUAUGUCUUGGCACCUCUUGUAGAACCGUGGAAACCUACCAGCCAGGAAGAAGAGGAUCAACACACUUUUGAAGUUCCACAAUGUAUCUUGAACUUGGAAAACAACAUAUAGGAAGUUUAGUACACUUAUGCUAAUGCUAUUCAGGCAUUAAUUAAAACUUACAGGGUAACAUUUAAUUCUUAAUUUUUUAACUUUUUAUUAAACAUAUUUUAAUCUAAGGCAGAAGAAACAAAAUGGAUUGAAACUUGAAAACAUUUCAGAGAACUACUACAUCAUUUAAUUGA